AAGCAAUAGAGCAUAUGAUACAUAUACAGAAAACAUAAAGGGUGUGUAUUCAUAAGUACUAAGCGUUUGUCUAGAAGAUAUACUACACCAGUUUAAUGUUCAUCAAAACCUGUAUAGUAAGAACACACCAUGCCCGCAUGAAAUAUGGUAACAGUACGUCAUACCAUAAUAUUCAUUGAACUGAUAAUCAGUGUAAUUGCCGACGUAGAUGUAAUUAAUGGUGAAAUAGUUGUUUAUUCAUUUAAAGACAAAAAGGCAGGAUUUGGACCCACUAUACCAAAAAGUGGAAUCAAGGGGAAUCUUGUUUAUUUAAAGACAAACAAAACUUGCCAUGACUAUGUUCCAAACCGUCCGACAGAGAAGGAAAACGAGACUUUAAUUGCUUUGAUGGAAAUUAAUAGUGAUUGUACAUUUCUUUACAUGGUACUUGCUGCACAACGUAUGGAAUUUGAUGCAGUUAUCGUGCAUAAUGAUUUUCAAUCUGGAGAGGAUUUGGGAAGAAUGAUUAGCACCUCGGAUUCAAAGAUGGAAGAUGUUAUGAUCCCAUCUGUAUUGGUAGGAUAUCGUGCUGGUAAAGUUUUAAGAAACUAUGAUGUCGAACACGAAGCAGCUAACAAGGACAACCAUUGGUUCAUUACCAUAGGCGAUGAUGCUAAAGAACCGACACAAUAUGAAACAACAUCCAAGAUCUUGUUUAGAACUGCUUUGUGUAUAACAAUGUUAUUCGUAUGUCCUCUAAUAAUUGGAGUUUGCUGUUGUAUAAAACAUUCUAGAAACAAAACGUCAGUCAACAGAUACCUUGAGAGGGCAAGGACAAGAAGGCGGCCUUCACCAUUUCAUUUGUCUGAUAUACAGGUGUUGAAAAGUUGUACUCCUCAAAUUCAUGCUGCAAAGUUUAAGAAAGGUCAUCGAUACGACACGUGCCCCAUAUGUCUAGAGGAGUUUGUUGAAAAUGAACAGUUAUGGAUUUUACCAUGUAAACAUGGGUUUCACAUUAGUUGUAUUAAGUCAUGGUUGGAAGUAAGCAAACACACUUGUCCUAUGUGCAAAGGAAUGGUUAUUACUCUUCCUGAUUGAACAUUUGUAUAGCCUUCAUGUUUAACAAACAUGUUUAACCCCGCCGCAUUUUUGCGCCUGUCCCAAGUCAGGAGCCUCUGACCUUUGUUAGUCUUGUAUUAUUUUAAUUUUAGUUUCUUUUGUACAAUUUGGAAAUUAGUAUGGCGUUCAUUAUCACUGGACUUGUAUGUUUUUGUUUAGGGGCCAACUGAAGGACGCCUCCGGGUGCGGGAAUUUCUCGCUAUAUUGAAGACCUGUUGGUGACCUUCUGCUGUUGUUUUUUAUUUGGUCGGGUUGUUGUCUCUUUGACACAUUCCCCAUUUCCAUUAUCAAUUUUAUUCCCUAAAAUUCAAAUAAAUGUAUUUACACUAUAUAUCAGCUUUUAAUAUUCUUGUUGUAUUGAUAUAUUUUGGAGUACACGUUUUACUUGAUUUGAUUUAAAUGAAAUCAUAUUACCAACCAUUGUUUUUUUUCACAGUUAGCUUAAUGGUUAAACUUUUAAAUUCAUGUUCUACUGUAGGAAAUUGCGAAUGGGAUAAUUGAGUUGAAAAAACUCAAAACGAAAGAAAUGUACCAUUUAGAAAUAACAAAAUAUGUCUACUCUUUAAAUCUCUCUUGCAUUAAUAUAACUAUUUGAAAGAUUACCGGUAAGUUCUGUUUAAAAAUGUGUUUGAAUAAAAAAAAAUACAUAUAUAGUUUUCGAAUCAAAUCUACUCUAACAUCAUAAGUUGAUUUUCUAGGCACUUUAUAUAUAUAUGUCCCCUACCUAGAUAUUACGUGGUUAGAAAAAAAUAUCACUUCACAAUUAUUAUGUUUACGAUAACUUACAACUGGAAUUGUUGUCUCAGAGGGAAAUAAUUAAGAAAGAUGUAUAUGCUUAGUGAUACAAGACUACAAAUGACGGCAAGAAGUAUCUGACACUGAAAUCCUCAAAUAGUUCUGAAAUGUUAUUUUCUAAAUAUCUACUAGACUCCAGACGAAUGUUGUGUUCCAUUUGAAACAACUGUUAUGUAUAUUUUGUGUUUUCUCAAACAUCACAAUGUUUACAAUGUUUAAAUGAUGUUGUGUCAACAUCGUAUACAUUGUUUGAACCCUUAUAUAUUGUUUACAUCGUGGACAUUGUUUACAUCACAACAUCUACAAUUUUAACAUGAUGUUGUGCCCACACUGUUAACAUUGCUUGGACCUUUUAAAAAUAUUCUUUACAUCGUUGACAUCGUUUUCAUUGCGAUGUAUACAAUGUUGAAAAGAUUUCGUGUUUACAUUAUUAACCUCUCGAUGUUCCCAUUGUUAACACGAUUUUAUAGCAACAUUGUUUACAUCGCGAUGUUCAUAAUUUUAAAUCGAGGCUUACAUUGUUUAAACUCUUACAUCAUGUACAUAGUGUUUACAUUGUUUACAUAGAGAUAUUUACAAUGUUAAAAAUAUUUUGUGUUAACAUUGUUAACCUUACCAU